AUGGCGGCCAGUAGACAAAGCUCGCUUGCCGGACCAGAUGUAGAUGAACAGAAAACCAGAUUUCAAGCUGAGCUGGAAUUUGUACAGUGUCUUGCAAAUCCAAAUUACCUGAACUUCUUAGCACAGAGAGGUCUUUUUAAGCAAGAAGAGUUUAUCAACUAUUUGAAAUAUUUACAGUACUGGAAAGAGCCAAAAUAUGCAAAAUUUUUGAAAUAUCCUCAGUGCCUACACUUUCUUGAGCUGCUGCAGUAUGAAUAUUUUAGGAAAGAGCUUGUUAAUUCUCAGUGUGCUAAGUUCAUUGAUGACCAGCAACUGUUGCAUUGGCAGCAUUACCAGAGGAAACGCAUGAGUCUACUACAGGCUGAGCUCGAGCAGCAGCAGGCAGCACAACAGGCAGCACAAACAACCCCCACCACGGCGCAGCACAAGGACAAGUCUGGUUAGUGAUAUACAACAGAUGACUCUGACCACAACACAAGGACAAGUCUGGUUAGUGAUACACAACAGAUGACUGACCACAACACAAGGACAAGUCUGGAUAGUGAUACACAACAGAUGACUCUGACCACAACACAAGGACAGGCCUGGCUAGUGAUACACAACAGAUGACUCCAGUCACAACACAAGGGCAAGUCUGGUUAGUGAUACACAACAGAUGACUCCAGUCAUAACACAAGGACAAGUCUGGUUAGUGAUACACAACAGAUGACUCCAGUCACAACACAAGGACAAGUCUGGCUAGUGAUACACAACAGAUGACUCUGACCACAACACAAGGACAAGUCUGGCUAGUGAUACACAACAGAUGACUCCAGUCACAACACAAGGACAAGUCUGGCUAGUGAUACACAACAGAUGACUCUGACCACAACACAAGGACAGGUCUGGCUAGUGAUACACAACAGAUGACUCCAGUCACAACACAAGGACAAGUCUGGCUAGUGAUACACAACAGAUGACUCCUAUCACAACACAAGGACAGGUCUGGCUAGUGAUACACAACAGAUGACUCCUAUCACAACACAAGGACAGGUCUGGCUAGUGAUACACAACAGAUGACUCUGACCACAACACAAGGACAAGUCUGGCUAGUGAUACACAACAGAUGACUCCAGUCACAACACAAGGACAAGUCUGGUUAGUGAUACACAACAGAUGACUCUGACCACAACACAAGGACAAGUCUGGUUAGUGAUACACAACAGAUGACUCCAGUCACAACACAAGGACAAGUCUGGCUAGUGAUAACUGGAGAUAUUUAUUGUUCAAGUAACAAUCUCUCUUACAUAUGGAAAACAAAAUAAUCACUUGUGGUACAAAUUUUUUUAUGCUCCCAGAAAAAGUUUUGGGGAAGUAAAUAGUUGCCGCCUUGUCCAUUGGACUGUCUUUCCCGCUGCCUUUUUGUGUUCCUAGAAAAGCUUUGCCCACAGUUAAACAAGGAUCAUGAAACUUCAUGUAUACAUUGGUCAUACUAAGGGGAUGUGUAUUGUACCAAAUUCAGAGCCAUCAACCUAUUAAUUACAGUGUCCAAGGUAUACCAUGGCUUGCGUAUACACUAGGAUAACAAAACUUGUUGUAAUCAUUGAUCAUACAAAGACAAUUUACAGUUUACCAAAUUCAGGGCCUGCAACCUUUUAAUUAGAGUUAUUGUCCUUUGUGCAAAUUUUGUGUCUAGAGCAAUACUUAAAAUUGCUUCCAUUUAAAUUAGAAUAAUGAAACUUGGUGGAUACAUUGACCUUACUUAGACAAUGUGUGAUGUACCAAUGUUAGGACCUGCAAACCUUUCAUUACAGAGUUGUUACCCUUUGUUAAAAUUUGUGUCUGGAGCAUUAAUUUAUCUGCAUUUAAACUAGAAUGUUGAAAGGUGAUACAUCAGUCAUACAAAAGCAAGGCUCUUUGUAGCAAAGUCAGGGUCCAUGACCCGUCAGUAUAAAUGAAUGUAGUAUUAAUGCGGGAUCAUAUGUAUUACAUAUCAAAUACCACAAUAGGCUAAUCGAAACAUUACAAUAUAUAGAAAAUGAUCAUUAAAAUACAAUUUUAUAAUCUUAAUGACAUAUGAUAAUUACUACUUAAUAGGUUCUACUGACUAGCCACUUGGAUUUAGUCUAAAGAUUCUUGUAGCCUUUCACUAAAUAUUCUGAUCUCAGCAACCUUGAAUAUUUUGGUUUCCAUCAAUGAAUACAGUGAAAAAUUCCCUUAAACUGUCAGCAACAUUGUUGCAAAGGUCUUUGGUGUCAGUGUUACUGAUGUUUAUAUAAAGUCACUAAAGACUAACUGGUUGACUGAUCAGGUGGGAAUUUGAGAUAUGUGUAUAGCUAAAAUAAAUUUUUCUGAUAUUUCUAAGGAACAGCUAUUCAACUACAUUGUAGCUUGUUGAUUAUCAGCUGUGUUUAUCCAAUGUUAUAGCUUGCUAGGCAAUAAGGCAUAAAUCAAGUGGUCAUUUUCUCUUCAACCUAAAUGUUUUUCCCCAUAAAUUCACUAUGCUUGUGAGAAUGUUAUCCACUUUCAAUAGGAAAUUUUGGAAUUUGUUUGUGUAUUGUGGUAACAUUAUUUCAUAAUGAGAAAAUAUGGCCUAAUGCAAUGAUGCUUUUCUCACAUUUCAUAGAUUCUUGAUGCUUAUCUUGCCAUGCUGUCACAGAAAUAGUGGGACAAGGGCAAGAAAGUGAAGUGUAUGAAAGAUUGAAAAUCACGACAAGUAUAAUGAAUGGAAACCAAAUCAUUAGAUCCCAAAAGGUAUUUCAAUCAGCAACAUGUGACUGUAAUACUUUUUGAUAUUUUCUUGUUAAACAUUUUGUAUGUUUUAUAUAAAUGUGCACAUACACAAGUAAUAAGUUUUGCUACCUCAUACAUUUUAACUGCAGACAGGCAUAAAAUUGACAUGUCGUUAGAAGAGUCAUUCAACUAGGGACUUAGUGGUAUCUUAAUAAAAAGAUUCUUGCAGUUUUUCA